AUGAGACACGCGCAUUCGUGUCUCGCUGUUGGCAGCUCGCUGUCGUGUGGUCUGCCAGCGACACCUCAGCCUCGGCGUGCGGACCAGCUUAUCAAGGUGCUGCCGGCUUUUGCCGAGUCUUCUUCCAGCGCGGCCCUGCGGCAAAGUCUGUGCAGAGCUCGCAUCGAGCGACGUCGACUGUUCCACUCCAGCUCAUUGUGCAGAGACUAUUACAAGACUCUCGAGGUUCCGAGAAAUGCCUCGACUCGUGACAUCAAAGCGCAAUUCUACCGAGUAAGUGUUGGCAGGGGUGCCAGGACCCAGGACCUCUCGCCCAAGUGGUGAUGCUCAGCUCCGAAGACCGGGCAACUCAUCUCACCCUGCCACCGCGCUCCUGCUUGCCUCAGCUUUCAAAAAAAUGGCACCCUGAUGUCAACAAAAAUGACGAGGGAGCGAAGAAAAAGUUUCAAGAGGUAUCCGAAGCCUGGACCACGCUAGGCAAUGAGCGGAGUCGGUGAGUGAAGACCUGGUCUAGGCCAAUGAAUGCAGUGCGGGGAAGCCGAGGGAGCAAGGCCGAGCUUUGAUGGUCUCCACCAGACUGGUUGCGUUGACGCGACCAAUGCUGCUCGUUAGGCGCGACUACGAUCGGCGCUCGUCGGAAGGCGCAGCUAGCAGCAGCGGUGGAAGCUCCUCAGGGCCAGGUUACUCCUACGACUCGUCGUCCAACACGCAGAGGCGAGCGAGAGCAACGUACGCCUGGGAGUACCAAAGGAGGAGCUCUUCUCCCAAAGCUUCUCGCUCUUCAGCCCACACCAACUACUCUCCGCAUGGCGCUUCUGCAGGAGCGACGUCGUCGGAAUAUGCUAGGGCCGCCUUCGGAGCUGGAACAGAAACGUCGGGCGCGUCGCAAGAAGCUCAAAGGGCCGCAUUCGACAGCAUGGUCAGAUCACAGAGGGCGAGGGAGGAGUUCGCGGCGAAGAGAGGCAGGCCCCAGGCGUAUUCUUCGUCAGCAGGCCACGGCAUGGCUCCAGAGACCGAGACGCAGAGAUCCAACCCUCUCAUCAAGUUUGCUCAGGUCGUGACGCUAUUCUUGGCUACUGCUUGGCUCGGCAGCAAGCUGGCUGCAGGGACGGGCUCUAGCACAAUCAAGGCAGAUGAAGGAGAUAGAAUUGUAGAAGAGGACACAUCAUAG